CUCGGGCAGGUGCGGGCAGACCGGGCGACCCUAUAAAUAGGGGCGGGAGCGAUCGGCUGGGCUGCGCCGCGCCGGUUGCAGCGGGCACGGCUCGGUGCGGCUCCGGUGGGCUGGGUACGAUGGAGAUCUGGAGCAGCCCUGCCGCCUAUGAUGAGCUGAACGGGAACGCGGAGAGGGGCGGCGGCGCCGACCCCAUCGCCAGGGAGCUGGAGGAAGUUCUGUGUGCCGAGCGUGUGGUCAGGAUCACCAAGACCUAUCACGACAUCGACGCCGUCACCAACCUGCUGGAUGAGAAGGAGAGGGACCUGGAGCUGGCAGCACGCAUCGGGCAGUCUCUGCUGAAGCAGAACCGGAGCCUGUCCGAGCGCAACGAGCUCCUGGAGGAGCAGCUGGAGCUGGCCAAGGAGGAGAUCGCGCAGCUGCGCCACGAGGUCUCCAUGAGGGAUGAUCUGCUCCACUUCUACACCACCACCACGGAGGAGAACGAGCCCACCUCCACCACCUCCACCCCGCUGCCUCGGCAGGAGUCGUCGCUGUCCCUGCAGCAGUACUUCCAGUACGACAACCUGCAGCAGAAGCUCAAGUGCUUGGAGGAGGAGAAUCAGAAGCUUCGGAUGGAGGCCACCAACAUCGAAACCAAGACCUCUCAGUACGAGGACCAGGAGCAGCAGCUGAUGAUUGACUGUGUGGAGCAGUUCUCUGAAGCAAGCCAGCAGGUGGUUUACCUCUCGGAGGAGCUGUCCCGCAAGGCAGAGGACAUGGGGCGGCAGCAGGAGGAGAUCAGCCAGCUCCUGGCGCAGGUCGUGGAGCUGCAGCAGAAGUGCCGCGCGUACGGCUCGGAGGUGGAGGAGCUCCAGCAGCACCUGGCCGUGGCGAAGGAGGUGCAGCAGCAGCUCCGGAUGGAGCUGCGGGACCUGCAGGAGAAGUAUGCAGAGUGUGGAGGGAUGCUGCAGGAGGCCCAGGAGGAGGUCAAGAGCCUGCGCAGCCGCAGCCUGCCCAACAGCACCGUCAGCCGCUACAGCUCGCCCAGCAUCCUGCCCGUGGACUCGCUGGCAGCCGAAAUCAAGGGGAUGAUGAGGAAGAGGGCAGACAGCUCCUCCUCGGACUACAGGAGCUGCCGGCGAGUCUUCGAGACGGUGAAAGCCGUGAACCAGGCAGCCAAAGCCAGGUCCUGCUCCCAGUCUCCCCAGAGCACGCCGCGCUCCAAGCAGCUGUCAGCAGCUCCCUCCGAGGGGGCCAGCACCCCCCAGACCACCUGCUCCGGCUCGGAGGGCGCCCAGGGCGAGGGGGCCAGAGAGCAGCCCCGGGCAGCCCCCGGGCAGCAGGACCUGGAGGCGGCGGUGCAGCGGCUGUCGGUGCGGCAGCAGAGCCACGCCGCGCAGCACGGCUCCGGCUCCAGCUCCUUCUUCGAGGCCGAGCGGGAGCGCAAACUCUGGCGGCUGGCGGACGAGGAGGACUCCAGCGGCGUCCUCACCCCCAACGACAGCGUCGUCUCCACCGGCACCAGCUGCUCGGCGGGCUCGGAGUUCACCACCGGCUCCGGCUUCUCCCUCGGCUCCCUCUCCUACCUGCCUGACAAGCUGCAGAUCGUGAAGCCCCUGGAAGGCUCUGUGACACUCCACCACUGGCAGCAGCUGGCACGGCCCCACCUGGGUGGGAUCCUGGUGCCCCGUCCUGGGGUGCUCACCAAAGACUUCAGGCAGCUGGACACUGACCUGGAGGAGGUCUACAGCCUCAAUGACCUGGAGGAGGACGAUGUGGAGGCCAGCUCCUUCCAGCUGCUCCCUACCUCAACACCUGCCAAAGCCAAGGAGCGCCCUGGGGUGUUCCUCUCUGUUAACAACCUCCCCCAGACCCUGUCUACCUUCACCUUCACUACCUGCCACACCCUCCACCCCACCUCUGAGAUCACCAUGGUGACACCCAGUCUGUCUCACGCCGUCGUGCCUUCUUGUGGGCCCCCUGCAGGGCUGAGCCUUGGCAGCCCCUCACCAGAGCUGUCUUCCCCCGUGCUGGCCCCUGGCCCUGGACCCCCCCUCACCCCCCUGGGACUCGUCAGGCUCCUGCUGCUGCGGGACACCACCGCCUCGGGGCCGGGGGCCUGGUGGGCUCCCCUGCUCCCCUCCCAGCAUGCUGGCUCCCAGCCCUCCCCUGCACCAGGGGGGCAGGAUCUGCCCCCACCCAGGAGCAGCAUCUUCAGCUUGAACCUGGUGGAGAAGCUGCGGGGCCUGGGGCUGGACAAGGUGGUGGCCAGGGGUGAGCAGUCCUGCAGGCAGGGGCAGCGCAGGGCAGCCCCCACCUGAGGGGGCUGCGGAGGCCACAAGCUCAGGAUGAGACUCAGCCUCUUGCUUUCCCAGCCCCGGGGAAAUGAGGAUGUGCCAGGCCUUCAGCCUCAGCUGCUGCUGCUGCCACAGGCCCGAGCAGCACCCCCGAGGGGCAAGGACACAACCCUGGAGCGUGAUGCUCCCCAGGCAGGGACCUGGGGGGGGUGACAAGUGGGGCUCCAGGAACCCGGCUGG